AUGACUGACGCCAGCUUGACAAAUGCAGACAACUCAAUCACAUACGAUGCCAUUGUGGUCGGUGCCGGUGUCAUAGGUCCCUGUGUAGCCACCGGUUUGGCAAGAAAGGGAAAGAAGGUUCUUAUUGUCGAGAGAGAUUGGGCCAUGCCUGAUAGAAUUGUUGGUGAAUUGAUGCAACCAGGUGGGGUGAGAGCCUUAGAGAGUCUGGGGAUGGUUCAAGCUAUUAACAACAUAGAUGCUUAUCCAGUGACUGGGUAUACUGUGUUCUUCAAUGGCGAGAAAGUGGAUAUUCCAUACCCUUACAAGGCCGAUGUUGGUCCAGUCGAGAAAUUGAAAGAUUUGGUUAAAGAUGGUAACGAUAAGGUCAUUGAUGAUGACUUGAUUCGUGUAAAGGAUUAUGAAAAUGGUGAGAGAGAAAGAGGUGUUGCGUUCGUGCAUGGUAAAUUCUUGAAUAAUUUAAGGGCCAUUACAGCCAAGGAGAAAAAUGUUACUCGUCUUCAAGGGAAUGUUAUCGAAAUCUUGAAAAAUGCCACUAAUGAAGUUGUCGGUGCUAAAGUGGACAUUGAAGGUCGUGGUAAAGUGAACUUUAAGGGUCAUUUAACUUUUAUUUGUGAUGGUAUCUUCUCUCAUUUCAGAACAGAACUGAACCCUAACCAUGUCCCAACUGUGGGAUCUUCAUUCGUUGGUAUGUCCCUUUUCAACGCCAAGGUACCAGCACCAAUGCAUGGUCAUGUUAUUUUGGGUUCUAAACAUAUGCCAAUCCUAGUUUAUCAAAUCAGUCCACAAGAGACUAGAAUUCUUUGUGCAUACAAUUCUCCAAAAUUACCAGGUGAUAUUAAGAGUUGGAUGAUUAAUAAUGUCCAACCUUUCAUUCCAGAAACUCUUCGUCCAUCAUUUGAUGAUGCCUUACAACAAGGUAAAUUCAGAUCUAUGCCAAACUCAUAUUUACCAGCAAGAAAAAACGAUGUCACUGGUCUUUGUCUAAUUGGUGAUUCUUUGAACAUGAGACACCCAUUGACAGGUGGUGGUAUGACUGUUGGUUUGAACGAUGUGGUGUUACUAAUAAAGAAGAUUGGCGAUUUGGAUUUCAGUGACCGUGAAACAGUUCUUGAUGAAUUAUUAGAUUAUCAUUUUGAAAGAAAGAGUUACGAUACAGUCAUUAAUGUAUUAUCCAUCGCAUUAUAUUCCUUAUUUGCAGCUGAUAAUAAGAAUUUAAAGGAUCUACAAAGAGGCUGUUUCAAAUACUUCCAAAGGGGUGGGGAUUGCGUGAAACUGCCGGUUGGUUUCUUAUCAGGUGUUCUACCAAGACCUUUAUUAUUGACGAGAGUUUUCUUUGCUGUCGCCUUCUACACUAUUUACUUGAAGUUUGAAGAAAGAGGCUUUAUGGGGUUCCCUGUGGCUCUAUUGGAGGGUAUUAUGAUUCUCAUCACUGCUAUCAAAGUAUUCACUCCCUUCUUAUUCGGUGAAUUCAUUGGUUAA